CUCCUGACAGAUACCUCUCCCCACCACGCCUUUCAUACCGCCAACCAACCCAAUAUCUUGUUGACAGCAUGCGCAUUAUUCGCCCAUACUGCCCCAACGAGCGACCGACACUAUUCGGCGGGCGGGCGGGCCAAUUCCCUCGGAAAAUUUUCGGCUGAUAGCAGACGGAGCGCGUCUACUUCUAUUAAAGCUGCUUUUGUCGUCAUGAAUCGUUUUCAUCGAAAACGAUGCCCUAGCCCUGGCAGAAAUGAAGCCUCUGACCUUACUACAAAAACUGCGCAUUCUUCACCCCUCAAACAGGCCCCGCUAUCUCAUCUAUUUUCAAGCUCUCUCCGACUCAGUCCUGUCCCCCGACUCGCCUUUGCCUCCCUACCAAACCACCACCACGAUCACUACAAAAAAUCUAAAGAUGAACUUCACGCAAACAGAGAAACUGAUGGAAAAUUGGCCAACAACCGUAACUCUAUCAAAUCAAUCCAAGAAGACCCUUUCUUCAAAAACUACGCUUCGCCUCAAACACUUUCUCUCGCUCGGGAACUGAAGACGGCUUCCAAUGCAGGAUAUCAUGAGAACGAAAGGUUUCUUGUCGCCAAUUCUCCCGCUUUAAAUGCGCGGCCAGCCACUGGCAAUCUUGUUGGGGAACUGGCUAAGCCGCCUAGCACAAAGUGUGCAAUUAACAUUGCUAUCAUCGGAGCUGCUGGUGUCGGAAAAUCAACCCUUAUCCAACGGGCUCUUGGACUCAGCGCUCCGACCAACUCAGUCUCUACAAGUCUUCCAAUCUUCAUCGACAAUGUGGCCUUUAUGCUCAGUCUUAAUGAAUUGAGCCUAGAGUCUUUUUGCGUCAAUCCAGGGCAGAAGAUAGAUUGGCCCAAUGAAAUAAAUGGCCAGACUGUACCUCGCAUAGACGGUGCCCUAGUUCUUUGCGAUGUCCAGAGCAAGGAAAGCAUCCAAAAUCUACCUGAAAUAUUGAAUGAGCUCGUCGUUUCGCUGCUACCGACUAUCCUUGUAUCUUGCAAAUGUGAUAUGCCAGAGCAAAUGCAGCAAAUUGACGCUGAAGCCGUUAAAUAUUUAUCCAAUCCGUGCUUUGACGUUAUGAAAUUGGCCUCAAAUGUCCCUGAAAGCGCUCGACUUUGCCUUUCUGCGAUGAUUAGAGCCAUUAUGAUCUGCAGAGAAGACCCCAAUUCCGCCAACCAAAGUUUCUCUUCCGACCUUCAAAAAACUCCAUCAAGAAGAUCCCUGCGCGAACUCAAACCAAACGAGCACUACGGCAAACACUCCCGUGCAAAUUCAGAAUAUUUAGUUGGUCCGAAUAUAAUUCUUCCCUUCACAGUCGCUACAUCUUCAUCAGUCUCCUCUCAUUCUAUUGGUCCUGGUCCCCGACGUCCAUGGUCUUCUCGAACUGGUCAGUCAAGUCUCCUCGGACAAGUCAACUUUCACCAUAAUCCGCAAUUUGCAAAAACUGCUCCGGAAAUAUCUAAUCUUAAUUCAACAUUUGGAAUCCCCUCAGACGUGUCCCCGUGUAUAUCAGAGGAAUUUACUACGCACGCCAACUCUCUUAUAGCUCAAAUCAUCGUAGACGAGAAACCAAAAAGCAUCAAUUCUGACAGUAGUUUUUUCCGGAAGAGCAAUGAAGUUAACUCUAGCAAUCGUGACAAGCCAAAAGGGGUUACGUUUGAUGAACUUGUUGACCGAUUAACUGGAGAGGUCACAUCGACCGCAGAUCAAAAGUUUGUUGACAUAUUCCUCUGCUUAUAUCGAAAAUUUGCUAGCCCAGGCAAGCUUUUUACGGGAAUACUUGCCAGGUUAGAACUCGUAACAAAUGAAAAUAGAAUUCACACCUUAAUUCGAACGGAAAAGCAAUUUAGGAUCUUAAAUAUUAUUUCUAAAUGGAUAUGCGCAUAUCCAGGAGAUUUUGCCGGUCCUUCUACAAGUAGAAAACUUUGCGAAUUUAUCCAAAAGUUGUCUAAAGAAUCGUUAUUCGUUGCUGCGGCAGAUGAAAUCCGAAGACAGUUUGAAUUGCGCGUUAUGGAAGAUGACGAUACUGGAUGGGCUAAAACAGAUGCAGACUUCCAGACCAAAACUUGCAGUGAAUCUGACUCGAUUUCCCUGCUAAAGUACGGAUCGGUAGCUAGAACGAACUCUGAAAGCUUUGCCAUGAGUUUCUUCGAGGACGACGAAAGCGAAGAAAUGGACCGAACAUUUUCGCGAGCAGCCAUCCAGAAUAGGAUAGAUUCGCCUGUACCUUCCUUAAACGGUAUCGAAGACUUUGAGAGAGAAGCCCUAACUAUGGUCCCAAGAGGUCAUUUAUCUCUAAAUAAGAUUCUCUUCAACGAUUUCAUUCAGGUAUCGGACGACGAUUUCUCCACUGAAAUGACUCGCAUAGAUUGGGUCAUGUUCUCGUGCAUUCGGCUUCGGGACCUGAUUCGUCACGUUAUUCUUUCAUCUGAACAGAAAGAAUUGUGCAAGGGAUUGAAAAAUGUGAACCGGAUGAUUAAUCAUUUCAAUCAUAUCGCAAAAUGGGUUGCUAAUAUGAUUUUGAUGCGAGACAAGGCAAAAUAUAGAGCACUGGUACUAGAAAAGUUUAUCAACAUUGCUUUCAAGCUACGUCAGUUAAACAAUUACAACGGACUGGCUGCUGUCCUGGCCGGUAUUAAUGGAAGCGCCAUUCAUAGACUUACUCAAUCUUGGAGUCUAGUACCUUUAGAGAUACAAAGGCGCUUUACUCGUCUUGUGGUCUUGAUGGGAACUCAGAAAAGCUACUAUGCUUACCGAAUAGCAUGGGAGAAUUCAUCUUCCUCCCGAAUACCUUAUAUACCUCUUCAUCGCCGAGAUCUUAUAUCUGCAGAACAGGGUAGUCGUACUUUUUUGGGUGAGGACAAGGAGCGGAUCAACUGGAGAAAAUUUGAAGUUCUGUCAGAGAUUAUUCUGCCUAUCAUGAAGAGUCAAAUGGUGCCAUACCAAAAUUUAACCAAAAUUAAGGCAGCACAAGAGUUAAUUUUGAACUGUAAGAUGCUGAAUGACGAUGAGGAAGUUUAUCAAAGAAGUUUAGCAGUUGAGAGUCACAAUCCGUCGACUAGCGUUGAGUUUGGGAAGAAAAAAUUUACGUGGUUUCAAAAGUAA